AUGUAUUUUACGUGCAGUGUCCUUACGGUUUUGAGUUUAGGGUGCAUCAUUCCCAGUGAAGCGUACUUGGAUCUCAACAGAGUUCAAAAAAUAGCUACUGACUUAUCGCCAAUAGAGAACCGGAUACUUAGAAACAAUAGAAGAUCUAUAUUGAAACACAAUUAUGCGUCACGCGACAAUAUUCACAAACAUAGCCAUUACGCUCCGCUCGUGGGUGUACGCCAUUCGGACGACUCCACACUCCUGAACUCCAGGUUGGCCUUACAGGAGGCUAAUAAACCUAGAGAGGACCCCAAACUUUUUUAUCAAUCUGACGCAUAUCUUGCGGAAAUGAAAGACAAAAACGUAAAUGAAGUUGCGUCCGUAUAUCCUGGACAGGAGGUCGUAAGAUUUGAGAAUCAAAUAAACAGACCAGGUCGUCCACGCGAAAUGAUCAAGAGUCUCGCUUUGGAUUCAGAUGAUGCCAGCUUAUGCGUACGAUGUCCGCAGGAGAAAACGCUCAUAGGCAAAGCGGGGUUAGACAAAGUUUUUUUCGAAAAACCUCGUCUCGUGUCUUGUACCGGGCGAAGAGCUCCCGAGCGAGUUCGUUUCGAACACUUGCACGGACCGAAAUUCGGCUCUCUGCUACGCGAGGGGCAGCAUAUCAUAUUAGGGCACAUUGUACAAAAAAAUAAGGUGUUACGGCUUUGUAAAAUGCAAAUUAAUGUUAUCCUUCAGUCUUGUCUUGUUCCGAAGGAAUUGCAAGUACACUGCAAUAAUAAAAACAACCUUUGUAACUUUACAUGUCGAGAUCCAAUGGUAGAGCUAAAAGGAAGCCGGGCGUUGGCUUGCAAAGAUAGUCUAACUUGGAACGGCGAUCUUCCGACGUGCAAAGAUCGUCAUUGGUGUAAGCCACAGCAACCCCCGGAGCAUGGAAAAAUUAGUUGUAAAGGAGGUACGGACGAGAGAAGAGGUCUUUUAGAAGGUUCAAGAUGUAGAGUAAGGUGUGCUUAUGGUUGGCGAGCGAGCCCCACUGCAGUCGCCAUUUGUCGCCAUGGAAAAUGGAAUAAUGAGCUUAAAUGCCAAUCACGACAUAAAAUACGAUAA